CCUCGGGGCCUGUCCAGACUGGCUAGACCCUUGCGUGCCUGAUCCCGUCCACGCUAACAGAGAAUGAAAGACUGUUGAGACGGGAUGGCUCGAUGGCUCCUGUGACAGGUGGCAACGGGGUAUGUCAGCAAUCAGGCGUUCAACACUAGUUAUUUCUGAUCGCGAGUUCGAUCUCCCCCCUGCUCUCCGUCUAAACAGGCCACCACCACAAACGAUGAAAUGUCGCUCCAGUACUCGAAAGGAGACACUCUGGACCCAGACACCGCCCUAGUGCCCUGGGAAAGUCUCAACGAGCACUUCUUCGGCUCUCGAUAUGUGCCCUCGGAUACUUCCGCCACGCAGAUCACCUCGUUGCUGUCCGCUUGCUCAUACCCCGUGCCGGAACGCAUGCGACAGCCGCAGGGAAGACCCCGAUUCUCACAGACGCCGCUACUUCCCGGCCUUGUCGUAAAUGGCUCACCUUACGAGCACGAUCGCAACAUGCAGGCCACUCAGCCUCCGCUUCCGCAUCCGCCUCCGCCUCCGCAAUCGCGCCAGCCCGCGACAAAGCCUCCCAAGCGCCCUCGCAGCAACGACCCCCCCACUGCGUCGUCCGUCAAUAAACGAGGUCGCCCGCGGAAAGUCGUCGAGGGCUCCAUGGCCGAGGAUCCAGAAGAGGUACGCGCGGAUCGCUUUUGUUCUUGUUUCUCGUCCGCGGCUCAUUGAUAUACCUGGGCAGAGACGCCGGAGACAGAUCCGUCUCGCGCAACGCGCAUACCGCUCCCGGAAAGAGGCCAACGUCUCGCUCCUCAAGAGUCGCAUCUCCGAGCUAGAGAAUGUUGUGGAGAAGAUGAGUACCGCGGUGCUCUCGUUCAGUGAGGAGCUGGUCCAGUCGGACAUGUUGGCGUCGAAUGCGGUUAUGGCGCAGCAUCUGCGCGAUACCGUGCAGACGUGUCUUUCUCUGGCUCGAGAGGCUAGUAAGGAUAGCGACCAUGAGUCACCGAUUGUUUCGCCGCCGCAGACCGAAGAGGCCUCGCCAUCGAUGACGCAUGAGCAGCAUAGUCAGACAUCUCCGCUCGUGGACCUGGAGAGUCUUCCUUCCAGCUUCGACUCUAACUCGUACUUGAACAUUGGAGGAUUACACGCCAGACAACACAGCAGCUCCCCGCGGUUCUUCGAGUCGCCGGAGACAUCCGAAAUGGAUCUGCUCGUCUUCAUCGAUAAACUGCACAUGUCGUGCGUGUACCAGGGGUGCUUGGCCCUCACCGACGAGAGCAUUUCCCUGGAGCGGCUACAGAAGCACUUUUGCCUCACCCUUCAGAUAAUGGACCGAAAGCGUCUCGCGUCGUAUUUCCAACUAGCGCUGAACCAAAAGGAAACCCGAAAGCGCUUCGAGAAGUGGGGAGGGAUUCCGUUCUUCAGUCUCGGUGGUGCUGGGACCCAUUAUCCUCGGGCUUUGCCCAACGGCCAGCAGUCUCGGCCCGGUCUGCAGCCGGUUUCUGCUCAAUCGCUAUCGCACCUCCCCCAGGAUAUACAGCAGCAGCUCCAAGGAGAAUGGUUUGACAUGGGGGACUUGGAGGGGCAUAUCCGCGAGAGGGGCAUUCGUUUUUUCUCGUAUCCUCCGGAGAACCUCGCGCAGUAUCCCGCCAGAGUUGCGAUUAAUGAGGCGCGUCUGAUACAAACGUUGACUGCGAAAGCCAUCUGCCUUGGGUGGACGCCGGGCUUCCGUCGCGGGGAUGUGGAGGAGGCUAUACGGAGUUGUGCAUGGGUCUGAGUGGGAUCGCGUCUAAAAAUGACGGAACAUUGCACUCCCACCAUCAACCGAUACGGCCGACAACACCAGCCUUCUGUACGCUUCGAAUCAAGCUCCCCGGUCGCGGAACUCCGAAUAGGAAUAAGGACCAACCGCCCAGACGGCCUUACGUUUCGCUCUACGCGGGUUA